CUUCGCGAGGCAUCGAGGCAUACGAAGUUGACUGCAGGUAGAGUUCGCAACUGUAGCGCGGCAGUGAGUCGAACUUCGUGCGGUGACCGGACACGUGUUACCUUCUUCGAGCGUGUGUGUGUGUGUGUGUACGUUCGCGAAUAUGUCCUCGUGCACGGAUCUGUUACUGUUGAAUGAGAAACGGCUGUUUAAGGAUAUCAGAGCAAGCUUGUCAGGCGGCGCCAAGGAAACGCGAAACGUCCUCGAGAUACGUGACAAUGUACUGUACGUGUGGAACGCCGACAAGUGCUGUGUUCUCACGCUCAACGUCGCAGCGGCACGCGGCAAGCUUGGCGAGGACGUCCCGUAUCAGUCACUUCAACCAACAGACCCACCAAUAUUCGAAGUCGCAAAUGUGUUGAGAAACGAGACAGCAACGCAGUUAGCACUAUGGGGUAACUUGGGCAUUGCUCUUAUGGAGCUACCGAAACGAUGGGGCAAAGACACCGUUUACGAAGGUGGGAAAGAAGUGAUUCUCUGCACAAAUCACAACUUUGGUGACUUCGGGGCUAGCACGGAAAUUCGACGAGUACGAUGGCACCCAGGCUCGACAAAUGAUUCACAUCUACUGGUUUUGACAUCAGAAAAUUCCUUCCGUUUAUACGAGUGCGAAGUAGGCAAUGCGCCCAGGCUCAUAAAGUGCUGGAAAGUCGGCCGCGCGCCAUCGGGCUCGCCCUCGAAGAUCCCGGACUUUACAUCUCUCGGUGAAACCGCGGUGGAUUUUGAUUUCGCCACGCCUACCCUGAAAAAACCGGAAAUGUUCGCUGACAAGAACCUCGAUGAGGUAAAAGACAUCAUUGAUUGGAAUCACAUUGAAUGGCCAAUCUUAGUUCUUCGCGGAAACGGUGAAGUGCUGAUCGUUUGUGGGAAUGUUUCAUUAGAGAACUAUGAGACUCCAGCGGUGCUAGGCUCGCUAUCUAUGUAUCCGCCGACCGACGAUAAUUACGGGAUAGAUUCAUGCUCUAUCAUGUGCCUGCAAACUACCCCACCGAUAGUGGUCAUCGCCAUGUGCACCGGAAAGAUUUAUCACGCGAUACUACUGCGCGAAACAUUGGAUGACGAUGCUGACAACGACGACAGAAAGACUUGGUCGCAAUACGGUUCAAACUAUAGUCUUCACACGCCAGACGACGCGCUUUAUGUUUACGAGUGCGUCGAAUUAGAAUUAGGUCUUCUUUUCACGGACGAUGACAAGAAAUAUAAUUGUCCUAUUCAUCUUCAUUGCGAUAAGGGUAACAAAUCAAGAUAUUUUUGUUCUCACAACGCUGGAAUUCACAUGAUAAGUUUACCGAUGGUUUCUCAACUGGAGGAAUUUAUACAUGAUAAUGGCGAAGAUCAUUUGCCAUCAAUGUCAAACCAAUCCACUUUGCAAUAUCUAUUUUCUACGAGGACAAAGCACACGGACGUAGAAGAGGCUACACCGAUACUGGGUUUUGGCCUGCUUCAAGAACCCUGCGUUUUAGUCGCAUUGCUGCACACAGGCGUUGUCGUCGAUCUGUCGGUCAUAGAUCUUUAUUACCUCCCUCGAAUCGAACAACUAGAACCUAUCAUCAGUAUUACAAAAAAGGUGAAUAAAGAAUCAUUCGACACCUAUAUUAAAAAAUUAUUGAGACGUGAAGUGUCCCAACCCAUAACUAAAAUAGGAUCUCGCCCGAUGUCUUUGAGUGAAUCUCUUGAGUUGCUCUAUCACGCCACAAAUAUCUUUCGUACCCAACAUUUUGUCCGACACGACAAAGUUCGGGAAGAAAUCAGCAAGAAGGUUCGUGCUUUGAAAGCUUUAAAGAUCCAUCUGUUGAAAGAACUCGAUACGUUGAUGGAAACGAAGAAAGAAUUACGACAGACUGCUGAACGUUUAGCAGAGCGAUAUGAAGAUAUCAAUGAUAAACAGAAAGAGUUGGCACGUAGAGCGGAGGAGGUUCUAAGAUUAGUAAAUUACAAAGAGCCUUUGAUGACAGCUGUCGAGCGAGCCGAGGCGGAAGAAUUAAAAAAGAUGGACAUGAAGAUACACGAUAUGAAAAUCCGACUUGAGCAACUGAAGAAAAAGUCCACCCAACAGACCGUGCAACAAAACGGCGAGUGUAAUGGAAAAAGGAAAGAGAUCGUAAUUACAGCGAGCCAAGAGGAAACGAUAAAGGAGAAUCUUGGUCAAAUGGCAAAAAAUAUAAAGAAUAUGGUGGACCAAGUAAAACAAAUUAAAGCAGAAAUUAAUCUUUCAUAUAUCAACAAAAUAUAGCAAUAAAGAUUACUAAUUAGUUAUUUUGUAAUUAUACAGCGUUUUAUAAUACUUUAUUUAUGUAAUGUUUUGCAUAUACACUAGAACGUUACUUUUUAAAUGAUUUAUUAUCAUAUUGUAUUCGUAAUCGUAUAUCUUUUCGAAGAUUUUUAGUUUUGUCAUAUUAGUAAAGAAUAGUAUAACGUAUAAAAUAUGAUAAUACAAAUAUUUAAU